AUGGUCUGCGACCUCGGCAAAUCCGGCCUUGCUUCACAAAAUGCCGAAGAGCUUCAGAAGGCCUCCGCUUCGACCCCAGAAGAAGUUCUACCUACACACAGGCGGGGGGGCGCCCCUGACAGCUCCGUUAGGUCAACCUUAGACGGUAGUCUUGCGCCAGAACCCAUUGUUUCAUGUGUUGAAUGGGACCUGCCAGCGUUGCCGGGUGUGCACAUUACACUGCCGAUGACGUUGUCGACGAGCUGUGAACAAGGGGCUCUGCCAAAUGGCAGCUUGCAUGAGGACGUGUUCACGAAAGCGACGCCGGCGUGUGUUGGACCUCGAGCUGAAAAGCAACCUGUGACAGCUGAUGCGGCUUCUUCACCGCUCGCAAACACGGCGUUUGCCAGUGUGGAUGCGGCUGUGGCUGACGUCGUGGUUCCGCCUGCGGUCUGCUCGCGCACGCCUCCGCGUCUGUCCUGUUUUUCUGAAGUAGCUGUUCCGGAUACAGUUGAGCCACUUGCUACCGGCGGCGUCGCCGGUUCAGCGCCACAGGCGGCCAAUGACGUCUGUGGCGUGUGCAGCUCGAUUGCACCGGCCGGGGACCCGCAGCACACACCGGGUCCUUCUUCAGGGGUAUCGGGUUCAAGUGAUGAGGCAAGCCUACCUGUCCCCGCAGUGGAGUCCGAAUGCGCCUGCCUAUCCAGUAGGAUUGAGGACGCGACGAGGUCGUGGAUGACGACGACUCAGUCUCCGGCAAGCAUCCCGGCAGUAAUGGGAGAUGCUGGGUCGGCUGUCGCUGACGGCGGCGACGCCCUGCAGGCGCAACAGGAGCAAGGGCCGGGAGACGCCGAUACGGCAGACGAAGGGGGAGACCUCACUGGGGGAAGUCCAGCCUCCUCCUUGCCGAGGAGCUUGGACGCAGCUGUUACUGGUGACCAUCCUGCGAACGGUGAUGAUGAUGAGCUCCGAACCAGGACAACGGACGCACGUGCGCAAGGGCCCAGUGGGAGCAUCGUGGCUCCGGCGCCCGCUGCUCAACUGGAUGACCGCGGGACCGUAGCCAUCUUCUCAGGCACAAACGACGGGAGCGAUUUGACGGCGGGAGUGGUUGUUCCAGAUACGACAUGUCAGAAUCAUGAUGUAGCGCAGAGUAAUAGAAAAGACCUUUUCCAUGAUGAUCCUGCGGGCGUCGGAGACGCCCGUGUCCAUGGCGGCCGGGGGGAAGAUGCGCUUCAUGGCGCCCGUCGUCUAGCGUUUAGUGACGCGUUGCUGACUCCCGGGGAUUUGUCAGACGGUGCUGGCAGCGAUUCGCCGCCGUGUCCUGACGUCACGACUUCAUUCCCGUCCUUCGAAAAGCUCCCCUCACUUAUGAGCCGGUCGUCUCAGACAGACGGCGCGAGUAUCCUAGAUGAUGGAAUAGCGGCCAGGCUUGAGGAUGGGGCUGAAAGCGAUGACAAAGGAGACUGUCAGACGAAACAAGGUGAUAACCAGCUUGCAGCGUUGGGUACCUCAGGAACCGCUGAACAAACAGCCCUCUCGUCGCCGUACUCCUCCCCUGAGGGCGCAGCAUCUCUCCUUUCAGCUCCCGAAUCGGGUGCCACAAGCCCGCACGGUUCAACUUCCUCCCCCGGUUACUGUUCGCUCUCGCCAGUUCUGGUGUCUUCGCGUGAUGCCGGCGGUGACGCAUCACCUUUUCUGGCGAGCGGCAGCACUGGCUCGGCGUCCUCGUGGGCGUUGGCGUCUGUGCGCCUGCCGCCGCCUCUGGCGUCGCUUGCUUCGUUCUCGCGUCUUCCUGGGUGUGCCGCAGCUUCGAACCCUGCACUCGCAGUCGCCGUCCCUGCGUCGUUCCUCAGUCUUCCGUGCUCCAAGGGGGGCGACUCUCUGAGGCGGGGUAUAGUGGCGCCCGCAUCUCCGUCUUCCUCUGCUUCCUCUGCGGCGUCUGCUGGCGCGGCCCCAUGGACGUCCUCGUUCCUGCGCCGGCAGGACCGAGGCGGGCCAGAGUUGUGUACUCAACUCCAACAACAGCAAGGCGAGACACUCGCUGCGCUUUCGAGGCGUCCGGCGUCUACACACGACUCUUCCGAAGCCCGACAUGCGCCCUGCCCCUCCCUGUGUACGUCGUCAGGUUCGCAUGCAGAGGACGACCCGAACCCGGCAUCUAUGCGCACUACGUCGUCCUCGAUUCUUGCUACCCCGCACUUCCUCAAGCUAUCGGGCGCCUCGUCUGCCUCUUUGCUGUCCCUUCGCGGCGCGUCGUCUCUCUUCAGUCCCUCGCUGCCGGCUCCGUCGUCGCCGCGCCCCGCUGCGCCAUCCACGUCCCCUGCGUCUGGCGCCUCGGCGGCCCUGCCUUGCGCUGCGCCCGGAGCGAGCCUCCACGCCGACAACGCGGCGCAACUGCAGCAGGACGUGACUGUCGUCUUCUCGACGUGGACACACACACUCGCGAACUGGGCGGCGCCGUGGGGAGCAGGGCCCGAAGAGGGGGGCUGCGUGAAGGCCGGAGAACGGGCCGUUGUUCUCGGCGAGCUCUUCUGGGUGUGCAGCAACGGCGAGGACGCCGAGUCCGACGAAGGGGAAGAAGGCGGAAGCCCGGUCGAGGGGCCCGAAGUGGAGCAUGACGCGGAGAACCGCUCACAGAGGACGCCAGGGCUCCCUUGCUUGGACCAGAAGGCGCCGCGCAGCAGCCGCGCAACGCUCGCCAGUUCAGGUGCGCUUGCGAGCUCAGCGCCCGCGGGGAACAAGCACAGCGCUUGGACAAAGUCAGUCAUAGGAAGCAGCCGCCCACUACUUGGCGCAGGCAGCAGCGGGCUUCGGCGCAGCUCGGCAGGCGCUCUGGGGGCAUCGUCGAGAUCUCGAGGCCUGGGACGUUGGAGGCGAACGUCGGCUGCGCGUCACACGAGCCCGACGGUUCAGGCCUCCCUGGGCGACUCCUCAUGUGGCGCCGCGUCCACGGCGGAUACCCGCGCCGCUCCGGCCUCGACGGGCCGUGGCAUGAUGAGUGCGGCCUUGUCUGGGCUCUUACUGGGCGGCGGAGGAGGGGGAAGAAGGGGCGUUCCGAGCCUCACAUCCUCUCUCCUUUUUUCGGGCUCUGCGUCGGACAGUGGGGCCCGAAGUGGUCCGGUGUCUGCUGCGCCGUCCCCUGUGGGUGAAGCGCCAGCUGGACCUGCCGACGGGACACCGGCCGAGGGGGGGAAAGAGGCCCCUGGGGGACAGCCCGGAAAGUGCGAGAGGCGAACUGGCAAGCAGCUCCGGCUUCGGAAAAAGCUGCCGAUUACGCUUCCAGGCGGCGAGCCCUGGCCUGCGUGGCGUGUAGGUUGCGUCUCCUCGGACGCGGGAGAAGUUCAGCAGCAGCUGACGCAAACCGUAGGUGCGAUUGCGCGCUUCACGUAUCGGACUGGCUUUGCCCCCAUGUACAAAUGCUGCGGCGAGAAGAAGAAGCGAGCCGGAGGCGGCGCGGAAAGAGAGUGGAUUGCCAUCAACAGCGACGUCGGCUGGGGAUGCACCGUCCGUGCGGCGCAGAUGCUUCUUCUUCAGGCGCUUCGACGGCACUUUCUGGAGGCAGGCGAAGACGAAGAUGGGGACGAAACUGUGACCGACGGCAGUAGCCCAAACACACGCGUGGAAGGGCAGCCGUAUUUGGUUGAGUCCAGCGCACCAGCCGAGAACGGGCCGGAGCGCUGCAGAGGACAGGAAGGGACGCCAGUACGUGGAACAGCCGGGCGGAGACUCCAAGAAACGAGUGAGCCAACCAAGCGGGAACGAAGCGGAAGGCUGCCAGGGACUGCUGAAGGACAGCCGACCGUGGUGGAGGCACUGGCGCUAGCGAGGAGUCCUCAGCGGGAGUUCGAGAGUGACGCUUCAGCGAGUUUCGUCCGUAAGGUGGACCGCCAGGAGUCCACGGGCGGGGACUUGACAAGCGUCGGCGAUGUGUCGUCCUCGCAUGCUUCCUUGUCGUCUGGAGAGGAGACGGAGAAGGACAAGCUUUCUCUGUUCUCCUCUUCUGUCGGGCUGUCCGGCAGGCAUCCCGCGCGAGCGACCGAGACGCGACCGCGCCUCGAGUGUGCGCCAGCUGCGCCGGCUUCAUCAACUCGGCGCAACAGGGAGACUCAACGGCAGACACUGGAGUCCCACCCGCGAGCUACGCGAGAUGCUGUUCCGGGUCCCGAACGGUCGCAUCCCACGUGCUGCCAAUGCCGUCAUGACGGGCCACAGAAGCCGUCCGCCCCAUCUAGCCGUGUGAGUGAGAGCCCCGAGUCUUCUUUGAAUCGGGUCGCGGCGAAGGCCUCUGUGUGGUGUGGCGCGUCGGCGCUUGCCCAGGCGGCAUGUGGCGCUGUCAGGAAGGGCGCUGGCGGCGGAGACCAAGGCCGCGAUGAGAUGGAGGCGCACCGGGAGUCCCUGCAGCCGAACGGCGGUUCGCCGCCCCUGCCGUUGUCGCCGUCCCGGCCUGCUGCGGCCGUCCGGGGCGGAAGUGGCGGCAGCGAGCGUGAGGAGGGGCAUCAGCGCCCUUCGCAGAUGGAAGAGCUUCUGCAGUGGUUCCUGGAUGUCCCGUCGCCCCCCGGGCUCUAUCCGUUUUCGAUUUUCUCUUUCAUUCGCGCAGCGGGGGGCGGCAUUGGCUGGGCCCGCCAGUUGUACGGCGAGCUCAGCGUGGAGCGCGAACUGUUUGGCGUCGGUCUCCGCAGCCAGGGGAAGCCUCGAGAGCCUCCGACAGCGCCGCGGUCCCCCCCUGCGACCUCAGGACAGAACGAAAUUUCUCCCGCGGCUGCGUCGUUUUUGGCCGGGAAGGGGCCAGCGCGGAGCUCUGAGUCUGGGCUGCCUUCGCUGACUGGCGCGUCCAAAACCUACGCCGCCCUGCCUAAGGCAGGCGGGGUGGAUCAACGCAGUCACGCCAACAAGGCCCACGACGGUUUGCACGAAGGCGGGGGACGAACCUCUGGCGCGAGGGGGGAGACAGAGGAACCAGAGCGGAAGUCGUUUUCGCUGUUCUCGAUCUCCAACCCACAUGGUAGUGCCUCUUCGUUUUCCUCCCGGCGUCUCUUCUUCGGCGCAGACGGGCCGCAGCCUGAGAGAGAGCGGUUUUGGAACAGGGGGACUUCCGCGACGGUCGGCGCCUCGUCGGGUUCGCCGCCCACGGACGAUGGGGAUGAUGAAAAUCCGCUGGAACGGAGGGGACUCGGCAAGUUCGCCGGCGAGUGGUUCGGGCCUGCCACAGCGUCGAGUGCGGUCAAGCUCCUCGUCGAGUCCAUGCCUCAAACAAAGGACGAGCUGUAUGUGUACGUCAACGCGGACGGUUUGCUCUAUCUGGACGACAUUCUGCUUCAUUGCCGCGACGCGCCACCUGCACCCUCGGACGGAAUUGGGCCCGCUGUGUGUCGGUCCCGCGCCCCAGCCCCGUCAGCGGGACAGCAGAGGCGGUCUGCGCCGGCAGACCUGCGUCGAGGCUCUGGCGAGCCCUGUGCCCCUGAGUCUGCACGCAGGACGAACCGGUGGGAGCAGCGCCAGAGUCCGAACCCGCCCGCGUGCAGCUCGCGCGUGCCCUGUUGCGCCCCAUGCGACGCCGCGGCUACGGAGUUGCCAGAGGGCUCCGGAGGACCCGCAGUCUCUUGCGGGGAAGGCGAGGAAACCCGGGAGGGCCCGUGGGCCCCACCAGCGACCCAGGGACGAACCCACGGUGCGGGCGAAGUGAGUGGGGCUUCGGGCCAGGCUACGGGGAACGCGGCUGAGGCCUCCAAGAAGAGGCGCGAGAGGACUAGCGAGGACCGGGCGAGAGGUGCUGAGGUCCGUGGGAGCGAAGACCGUCGCCAUACGUGCCGAGAAACAAACGGCCUGUGUGGGGAGCAAGCGAAACCUCGACCGCGUUCAUGCACGAGUGCGUGGCCGUCUGCAUGCGCGCCAGCGAGUGAGCCGAGACCUGCUUUCGGCGGCAAGACCGAAGCUUGCCGGGGGGCGACGAGACUUCCGGGCGGUCAGCUGAGCGAAGGCCCGUCAGCCUGCCGGUCCUCGGCUACGGGCGCUCUGGAGGCAACGGGGACGGGCCUGACCGGCUACUGCAAUAACAGCAGCUCGUGCGCCGAGGAAGAAGACUGGGAAGAGAUUCCGUUCUGCGGCUGCGGAACGCCCCGCCUUACCCUUGUCUCGCCUCGCGCCAGUGCUGCCGGGGGGGCGGUUCUUUCGGUGCGGUCGUCCGUCACUUUGCUCCCCGCCCGCGCCGGCGGGGUUUCGAGACGGCCAGGCGCCCCGGGCUCGAACGCCCUCUCAGGGCUGUCUAGGCCCCCUCUGGGGACUCCAGCGGCGGCGCCCGAGGCCCCAGCCGCUGCUGGGCGACCGCCAGCCUCACAAGGUGAACUCCGCACGAGGAAGCGGGAAAGAGACCCCCGCGAGCUUGAAGGAGCGCUGGAGGACCCGACGGCCUCGCUACGAGAAGACAACUUCUCACAGAGUUCAGGCGUGCCAGGCGAGAGCGGCGGCGAUGCAGCUGAGUGCCUAGACCCAGAGGCCUGCGGAUGCGCGAAGCACGGCGGCAGUGCCGGAGGCGGAGAGGAGACUCUCACGGAGGAGUCGUUCGAGGCCGCGGAGGAGAUUCUACGCAGGCUGUUGUUGCGUGAUGGAGAUGGCAGCGAGCGCGCGAAGGACGCCGAGCUGCGACCCGAGGCGGGCCGACUAAGGCUCGCGGGGCAGAGUGGAGCGGGUGCACUCGUCGCCUCUUCAUCGUGCUCUGCCGUGAUCUCGUCUACCUCUUCAGAUGCGUCUGCCGCCUUCGCCCCCGUGGCAACUCCGGCGAGCGUUGGCUCAGUGGACUGGCCUCUGUCUCGCUUCUCGGGCUCGGUGGUGUCGCCUCGCGUGAUCCUAGACGAGGGCGGAGUGCCGGCGCUCUCGAGCGCCGUCGACCCUUGCGCAUACACCAUUCUCAGCAGCCCCAAGGGCCCGCGACCCCUCCUUUCGUCCUGCGCCCCGCCGUUCUUGCAUGCGAGCCGCGUGAGCCGCAGCGCCCCGUCGUCGCCCAGACAGUCUCCGGGCCCCGCCCGAAACCGCCGAGAGACAGAGGAGACCGAAGCGUGCGAAAUGCGGGCGACCUGCCCUGUGCGGGUGGACCUCUCGCCGAUUCGAUGCCCGCAGGUGACGGAGAGCGACGCGUCCCCCCGCGGCCCAGAGACGCGCACGCGGUGCGGGCGCAAAUGCCCAGAUGAUCCACAGGGACGCAGCCCGCAGAGUGCAGAAAGAGGUGGGGAAGCUGAGGCGUCCAGCGACCCCCCACUCGCGCCGGCAGCUGCGUGCGACGAGGAAGGGGAUCGUGGGGACUGGCGUGCAUGCGCGGAAGCAGCCGUGGACGAUUCCGAGCCCGCCAGAUUUUACGCGAGCGGUUCUGGAUUCCUCGAAGCGCGAGGCACGGGCGCAGGCUUCGAGAGGGGGAGAGAUGCGCAGAGCGAGGCGGCGCUGGACGCGCGAAAGGCGUCUGACGCAGACUGCCGAGUACACAGGGCGCUGUCUGAUCCAGUAAGCGACCGCAUCCGCGACCGUGGCCAGGGCGUCAUCGGCAGCCGUCGCGGCGACGGUGCGUGGGCGUAUCCUUCAGCCGAGUGUGGAAGUCCCGACGCAAUUCACCCGAAGCCGGACUGCCGCGCGACUCUCAGGAGGUGCCGCGAAUGCUUCUUGGAUGAGCUCGCAACCCUUCGGUUGCCCGAGCCAGCCACGCCUCUGGCGCCAGUUUCUGCGUCGGCUUCGGUUCCCUCGCGGUCGCGCCCGCCACCGUCGGCCGCGCACAGCUCAGAUGCACAGCGCACCGGGCUGCGUGAGACGGCUCGGGCGGGAAAAGAACGCGAUGCACUUCGCAAGGGACGAUGCCUCGAUAUGCCGGUCCCCCCAUGCGUCUCCUCAUCUACGGGGCACGCACGCCUGUCGCGGCCGCAUGCGACUAGACCGUCUUCUGCCUCUCUCCCUGGGACCGGACUGCCUCUCUCGGCUGAUGCGGAGACCCGCGCAGAGUCAGCCAGAGAGCCGACGCGGUUGUUGUCGUCCGCGUGCCUUAUCGCGCGCCUUCGCACGCCGAUUGGAGACGCGACGGCGGCAGGGUCGCGCUUCAGUUCGGGCUCUCCGCGGCGGAACGCAGCUGCCUCCUCGAGCUGCGGCUUGGGGCGCGGGGACAGCCCGGCGCGCGGGCCCCCGUCCGGGCGGCCCAUGGCCUCCUUCGAGGGCCGCUGUGCGUGCGAGCUCGACGAGGCGGUGGUUUUUACGCCGCGCGCCACUGCGGGCGAGCCGUGCGAGAGCGCGGAGAGCUGCGAAGACGUAAAUCGCUUUCUGCUCACAGGCUUCUCCAGCGCGACGCUUAGUCCGCCUAGGGCGCCGGCCGCGUUGGAGCGGCCCGCCAUGCCGCCGCGGGUGCCGCGCCUCUGGGCGCUUCCGAAGGUUGUGGCAUCCUUCGCGCCGUAUCGAGAGGAGAAGGGGAUCUUUGCGUCUUCGCCCUGCGUGUCCAGCCGUCGCGGAGACGCGGCCUGCCUCGCGGCCGGGGGGACCAGCGUUCGCCGCGGCGCGCGCGACUCGAGCCGCUCGUUUCACUCUUCGUCGUUCUCGGUUUGCGAGGAAGGCGGCGAGCGCACGGGCGACAACGGCGCCAGGGGGCCGCUUUCGUCCGCCCAUAACUCUCCGCCGUCGCCCUCCGCCUUUUCGCAGUUCCUCAACACGAGCCGGAGCGAGGGAAGCGCUGCGCCGAGCGACGGCAGCGCCACAGGCCGGUGGUGCUCGGUGGAAACGCUGCUGCCAGGCGCGGGGGAAGACGACAUUCUGCUCGCGUCGAGUGUCAUCGUGUCGCAUCGAAACCCUCUGCCGCCCUCGCCCUCCUCGCGCGUCGCAGCCGCCUGUCUCUGCGGGCCUCGCCGCGCUGGCCAGCCCGGCAGGUGGACUGACGGCCCGCAGUGUGGCGAUGCGGGGCUCGGCGCCGGCGAGUUGCGCAGCCGGGGCCCGCGCGCCUCGCGCUCGCCCCGACGCGAGCCGAAGCCAGGCGCCGGCGGCGGCGCGGCGGGGGAGGACGGCGGCGCGGCGGGAGGCGACAGGUGCUUCUUCUCCGUCAUCGAGGAAGCGGCUGCGCACGGACCCGAAAGCAGAGAGGACACCGGGGCGCUUGGGCAGGGAGAGGCGACGCACGCGAGGGCAAGCGACGACGAGACAGACAAUGCGUGGGUCGCCUUUCUACCCUCUUCUGCACACGGACACGCUGCGACGCCGUGCGAAAUCACUCAGACGUUCCCCGAUCCCAGUCCGUCUCCCCGGCACCGCCUCGCGCGCGCGCAGAUGCGAGACAUUCGCGGAGAGAGAGAGACUCGGAGAGAGACGUGGCUCCCCUGCAGCGGCUGCGAAGACGCUGCAAAUGAGUCCGACCACAACGCGACCGGCGAGUCGGCGCUUGGAGGCCAUGGAGGCGACUGGCGUGGCGAGGAGUGCGGAGGGGACGGAGACCUUCUAGAUGCGAGCGACUCCGCCGAGUAUCCAGGCCCAUGCGAGCCGCGGACAGACCGCGAACACGUGGCGGCGCAUCCAGGAUGCCCGUCAACAGGGCGUCCGCGGGGUUUGCCGUUCGAACUGGAGAGCUCGCACGAGUGGAGGAGCAAGCACCCAGGUGCGGCAGGGGGCGGCGCACCCGACGCCGAGGGCCGAGAGGAGGGAGGCGACGCAGCAGGCGAUGCUGGCCUGCACUUUGGAGGCGGGGCGGGACUCCUUGAGGGCAGAGAGACAGUGGGUGCGCAUCAACGCAGCGAGGAGGGGCGGGAAGCGCGCGAAAUCGAAGUGGAUGAGGACGCGCAAAUGCUGCGCGAGGGCGCGCCCCACGAGGAGGACGAAAGGCCUCGACAUGUGGGAUGCAGAGGCGGAGGUGACGCUGACGGCUACGACGAAGGCGAGAGCGAGGAAGACGCGAGUUUCGCCUCCGUGCUUUCGUGGGAGGCAGAAGGCGAGCCUGCGUGCGAGGAGACGGACGCAGAGAUCAGCUGGCAUCGCGGAUGUGUACUGCUGUUUCCGCUGACGCUCUGCAGCGGCGAAAAGCUGAAUCCAGUCUACGUGCCGUCGCUGCUGGCGUACCUCGAGUUGCCCUGGUCCAUCGGGAUGGUCGCUGGGAGAGGGCAGCAGGCCUUCUACUGCAUCGGCACGCAACAGAAGGCGCUGCUCUACCUCGAUCCGCAUUCGGGAAUUCAGCCUCCGGCGCUUCAGCUGCCUUCGGCGACUCCGUCUUUCUUUGCGGGGUCCUGCUGGAAGUUGUCUGACGUGACGGCGCUCAAUCCGUCGCUGGCCGUCGCCUUCUUCGUCCGCUCUUCAAAGCAGCUGUUUGACCUCGCGGCCGCGCUGAAGAAUAUCGAGCUCGCAGAUCACUUCUCUAUGCUGCAGGUCGUGGAGCGGCGCCCGUCGCGCCCAGAGAGCCUCGGGCUCCUUGAAGCGGACGAGAACUUCCUCUGCACGGAGGAGGACGACAAGGAAGGCUCGCUAGCGAGCGGGGUGGAGACGCCCCCGCCCCCGCCCGCGGCGGAAGGGAGACAGGACACGUGGUCGCCGCGCGAGCCCGCGGGUGGCGACGAGACGAAGUUUCCUCGGGGGUCUGCGUCGUCGCUUUUCUCCGCGUCUGCGGCGUCGUCCUUCUCAUCUUUCUCCUUCUCGUUCGCGUCGUCCUCGUUCGCCUCCACGGCGUCGCUCGCGCCCUCCCAGCGGGCGCACAGCGCGUGGGGCGAGCAGCUCACGGAGGAAGAGGCAAAGGGCGGAGGACGUCCCGAAGGCCUUCCACGCGAAGCUGACUGUGGCACCGCGAACGCGCUUCACAUCGAGCGAGAUGCGCACAGCUUAGACAACGCGACGCCCGCGCCGGCGAAGCGGAGGUACGAUUCCGAAGAACGGUCGGCGCGUGGAAAUGCCGUAGCCGCCUCUGCGACGGCCUCACAGGCGCAGGGAGAUGCGCCAAAGCUUCCGCACGUCGUUGCGGAGGGCACCCACGAACAUGACGUGGCCUACGGGCCAGACGGGGACGCGCGCGAGGACCUCUUUCUGCAGAUGCAUGAAGAGGAGCCGCGACAAAAUCCGCCUGAAGGGCGGGACUGUGGCGACGAAUGCUUCGACGGUGAAGCGGGGAAGCGCGGAAGCGCGCCGCAAGACGCAGAUGAGACGAGCCCGCUGCUCGCGCGGCGGCUUGCUGAGCCGAGCGCAGAUGCCGCUCCAGCCGACCGGUGCGUCGAAGGUGUGGAAAGGAUUGCUAAAUCUGGCGCAUCUGCGCCUGCCUCCGCGAGUUGUGGGAAGGGCACGCACAGUGCGGCGCAGCUCUCUAUGCAGAGGACUUCGCAGCCUGACCACAGGCAUACACUUGGCGACGGCGCCCAUUGCGAGAGUGUCGAACUGUCGGCGUGCGAGGAGGCGGCGCAGCAGGCGAAGCCGCUGAGAACUGGAGGCUGUGAGCAGUGCGAGGCCGCUCGCGCGGCGCCGAGAGGCAGCGAGCCGCGCUGCGAGAGCGGCGCCCACGGGGGGAUGAUGAACGGGAGGCCUCGGGGUCCACAGCGAACGGCGAGAAGGCGGAAGGCCCGCGACUGCGGCGGAGCGAGAACGGAGAAGGGUCUUGCCGCCUCACUGUGGGGCAUGGGCCGCAGAGCGCAACGGUGUGUCCGCAGACUAGACGAGAAGAAGACGGAAACUGAAACAGCCCGAAGGUCGACGCCGGCGACACCUGCAGACAGCCGAGUCAACUGA